AUGCGUCUUUGUUUUAAUAAAGCCUGCAAACAGAAAGCGGAAGCAAACCCUGACCAAUCCUUGACCCCGACUGACGCGCAGGAGGCUGCGGCGGCCGCCGCCGCCCAAACCCUAGACGAGGACGACGCCGCAAUCGCGCUGCCCACCAUGUCCGCCAUGGAUCGUCUCCCCAUGGAGCUGCUCGCCGAGAUCCUCCGCCGCCUCCCGCCGCGGGGCAUCGCUACGUGCCGGGCCGUCCGCAAGGGCUGGCGCGCCGCCGUGGACUCCAACGGGCUGAUGCUCGCGGUGGAGCACCGGGUGCCGCACCACGUCGGCGGCAUCAUCAUCAACUUCUCCUACGAGGACCGGCCCUACUUCUUCCCCUGCGGGGCCGGCCCUACGGGCAUCGGCCUCAACGCCACGGCGCUCGAUUUCAUGAUCCCACCGGAGGUGGAAACGGGGCGGGGGAUCGUCCUCGACCACCGCAACGGCCUCCUCCUGUACGAGGGCGAGUACGCGUUGUACGUGUGCAACCCCGCGACGCGGCGGUGGGCGGAGCUUCCCCCUUUGCCCUCAUAUCGCCCCGGCGCCUAUUACCUCCUGUUCGACCCCACCGAGUCGCUGCACUACAGCGUCUUCUUCUUCCCCGAGCCCAACAAACAUGAUCAGUCGAUGGAAUGGCCGCCGUCUUCCUACAUGGUGAAAGUGUACUGCUCGAGAAGCGGCCAGUGGGAUGACAUGACAUUUGUCCGAGAAGGAGGUGCAACAACGGUGGCCAUGUGGGCAGAUCGAAUCAAUGAACGAAAGCGCCAUGCCGUGUACUGGCGAGGGGCAUUCUAUCUUCAUUGCCCCACUGGUUUCAUCAUAAGAGCGCAAGGGUUGGGUGAUGGAGAAGACAACGAGCUGGGUGAUGGAGAAGACAACGAGUUUGGUGAUGGAGAAGACAAUGAGUGGGACUCUAGUGGUGAAAGUCAUGCUGAUGAUUCUGGGGAAGAAGAAGAGGCUGAAGAAUUAGAUGAAGAUAUGGAACAACAUAUUAUAUUUAAUAAUGGCAUACGCUUUAUUGGGUACCAUCCAAACAAGGAGAUUGCUUUUCUGGUGACCCGUAGCUUAUAUGGGUUUGCUUACUACCUUGGUACCUCUAAGUUGCGCUACUUGGGAUCACUUUACCCAGAUGGAUGUUCUAAUCCUCAAUAUUUGGCCUUACAUAAGUCUUUCAUCUACACUCCUUGCAUGGAUGAUGUGCUUCCUACUUGCAAUGGCCCAUAAUAACAUGUACUCUAUCCUCUCUAUAGUAGACUGCUAUGUCUUUAAUCUAGUGUAAUCAACACUGCACUCUGCGGGAAUGUACUUGUACCAGGUGUUGAAAUUGAACAAAUGCUUUGGUGACGGAGCUUGACAAUUAAUGAUCAUCCAUGAAAUUUUCUUA